AUGCGUGUCAAACAAGCAGGGCCAGAGCGGCUGUCGCGAUUUUGGAUGAAUCCUGGUGUAAGAACCCAUUACGGGAGGGUAGGAAUCGCGUCUCUGCGCCCAAAGCCCUCUAAAAGAAAGACGCAAGCGACAGCUAUUCCCAGGAAACCGUCUCGGCACGCCUACCUCCCGCCAUGGAAGUCCUCGCAGGAGCCGGGCUCCGCACUGGGAGCCUUCAGGGAACUCAGGAUGAAGGCUCACAGCCUCUACGUGAAGUUGGUCAUUAAUUUGGGCUGCUCGGAGCCAGUAACACACUCAAGGCCUCUGGCUUUGGGAAUUGUCUCGGAGCUGGGAUCCCUGCGUAGGCGACCCAGGGCUGCGGAUGGGAAAUGCGAGUGUUGGAGGCUCUGGGAUGUGUCUGAGUGGGCUGGUGAUAGGGAGCAGGAAUUCAACCUGCAGAGGCGUCCCAGGCGCCUUGGGGGGCUUUGCAAGCGAGUCCCAAGCUCAAACUACGGGCUUUCCCGAGCCUGGGACGCAACUCCCCGUCUCCUGGAGAGGAACGCGGAAUUUGGCAAGGCGCCCGCCUGGCCGCCUGGCAUCCCGAGCUGGCCGCCAGCUCUCGGGGGUGGGGACGGGGUGUGUCCCGGGGAACCCGCUGCCGAGAGGACUGCUGGCGCGGCUCUCGACGAGCCAGAGACACAAUCGCUGGAGCCCUCGGGGUCGCGCGCGGCAGAGAGGCGAUGCGGGUGGCGCCCCAGAGGCGUCCCCACCCCCUCCAGGGACUGCGGCCCGGGAGCCGCAAGGCAGGCGGCGCGCCGCGGCGCGGGCGGAACCGCGGGGCAGCAGCGCCCCCUGCAGGUGCCGGGCGCCUCUGCAGCCGCCGCUCCGACUCUUUAA